AUGAAGUUCUUUGGCCGCAUCGGGGCGACUGCCCUCGCGGCGUCGCUGUAUCUGCAGCAAUGCGCCGCCGACAUGACGGAGGGCACCUACAGCCAUGUUCUAACCGGUAUCAGGCUCAAGACGUGGUCCUCACAAGAUGGGGGCUUCACGUUUGGCAUGACUCUUCCAGACACCGCCUUAGAGAAGGAUGCCAAUGAGUACAUCGGCCUUAUUCGUUGCAAGAUCACCCCCAGUACCAAUGGUCCGGGCUACUGCGGCAUCUCCCAUGGCAACUCCGGCCAGAUGAGCCAUUCCCUGCUGUUGGUGGCCUGGCCCUACAACGGAACCGUCUACACCUCGUUCCGCUACGCCACCGGCUACACUCUGCCGAACUUAUACACCGGUGACGCCAAGCUGACGCAGAUCGCGUCCAGAAUCACUGCUGACAGCUUUGAGGUGCUCUAUCGCUGCCAGAACUGCUUCUUCUGGGACUAUGAGGGAGACAAAGGCAACUCCACGACCUCUCAGGGUUUCCUGACUCUCGGCUGGGCGGGGAGCAAGGGUGGUGUGCGGGGUCCGACCUGCCCUGAUACGGCGACGUUCGGGUUCCACGAUAAUGGUUUCGAUAUCUGGGGCUUUGGGCUGCAGGAUGUGGUUGUGCCUUCGAGGACGUACAGCCAGUGGACAGCGUGGGCGUUUCAGAACCCCAAGACUACUUGCGAGGGCACUGGCCCUGUCGGGCCCAAAUGCGUCCCUGCUCCCGACGAGACCUUCGACUAUAUCGUCGUCGGUGCCGGUGCCGGCGGCAUCCCCGUUGCUGACAAGCUCAGUGAGGCCGGGUACAAAGUCCUGCUGAUUGAAAAGGGCCCGCCGUCAACCGGCCGCUGGAACGGCACGAUGAAGCCUACGUGGCUCCAGGGCACCAACCUCACGCGCUUUGAUGUUCCUGGUCUCUGCAAUCAGAUCUGGGUCGACUCGGCUGGCAUUGCCUGCACGGACACUGAUCAGAUGGCCGGCUGCGUUCUGGGCGGUGGCGUCGCUGUGAACGCGGGUUUAUGGUGGAAGCCACCCAAGAAAGACUGGGAUGAGAACUUCCCCGAAGGCUGGAAGUCCUCCGACGUUGAGGCCGCGACCAAACGCGUCUUCGAGCGCAUCCCCGGCUCAUGGCAUCCCUCGUCCGACGGCAAGCUCUACUACCAAGAAGGCUAUGACGUCCUUGCCAGCGGCCUACGGGCCUCCGGCUGGACCGAGGUCAUCGCCAACGAAGAGGCCGACCAGAAAAACCGCACGUUUGCCCAUACCCACUUUAUGUUUCACAAUGGCGAGCGCGAUGGCCCAUUGGCGACGUAUCUUGUUUCGGCAUAUGAAAGAGAGAACUUUAGGCUGUGGACGAACACGGCUGUUAGGAGGGCCCUACGGACGGGUGGUACGGUUACGGGUGUAGAACUGGAGUGCCUUACGACUGGCGGGUUCAAUGGUACCGUGAAGCUGAACCCCGGUGGUGGUGUCAUCUUCUCAGCAGGAGCAUUUGGGUCGGCGAAGUUGUUGCUGAGAAGCGGUAUUGGCCCCCAGGACCAGCUCGAGAUUGUCGCCAGCUCCAAGGACGGCGCGACCUUCAUCGACCGCAGCGAGUGGAUCAACCUGCCGGUUGGCUACAACCUGAUUGACCAUCUAAAUACGGACAUCAUCGUUGAUCAUCCCGAUGUCGUAUACUAUAACUUCUUUCAGGCCUGGUGGGAUCCGCCGGAGGAGGACAAGAAGGCCUACCUUGAGAGAAGGUCGGGUAUCCUUACUCAAUCGGCACCAAACAUUGGCCCAGCGAUUUGGGAGGAAGUCACCCCGUCCGAUGGCAUCGUCCGUCAGCUCCAGUGGACAGCUCGUAUCGAGGCUGAUAUGCGCUACACUAGAUCACCGACCGCUGUGGUACUUAGCUUAUACCUUGGCCGCGGCGUUGUCUCACGCGGCCGCAUGACCAUUACCCCGGCGCUGGUGACCACCGUCUCCGAGCACCCGUACCUUCACGACGCAGGCGACCGUGAGGCCGUAAUCACCGGCAUCAAGAACCUGGUUGACUCGCUCAGCGUCAUCCCUAACAUCACCUUCGUCUUGCCGCCAAAGGGACGGACAAUUGAGAGCUGGUUUGAUAGCUUAUUCGUCUCCCCGGCGACGCGCCGCGCCAACCACUGGAUGGGAACAGCCAAGCUCGGCCCAGACGACGGUCGCCAGCCGAAUGGCACCUCCGUCGUCGACCUCGAUACCAAGGUCUAUGGCACGGAGAACCUGUUCGUUGUGGACGCGUCCAUCUUCCCGGGCAUGUCGACCGGCAACCCGUCGGCGAUGAUCGUUAUCGCCUCGGAGAGGGCGGCAGAGAGGAUCUUGGCGUUGAGGAAAUGA